AAUCUGCAGGUACACUCUCCGUCUCCAUCUUCAAAUCCCCAAAUUAGGGUUCACUUCACAAUGUCGCCCGCUAAAGUUGCUGCUACAAAGAAAGGUGAUGCGAAAGCUCAAGCAUUGAAGACAGCGAAGGCUGUGAAAACCGGAUCAACGUUCAAAAAGAAGGCGAAGAAGAUCAGGACGAAGGUUACCUUUCACCGGCCGAGAACAUUGAAGACUGAUAGAAACCCUAAGUACCCUCGCAUCAGUGCUCCACCGAGAAACAAGCUUGAUCAUUACCAGAUUUUGAAGUAUCCUUUGACUACUGAGUCUGCAAUGAAGAAGAUUGAGGAUAAUAAUACUUUGGUGUUUAUUGUUGAUAUUCGUGCUGAUAAGAAGAAGAUUAAAGCUGCUGUUAAGAAGAUGUAUGAUAUUCAGACUAAGAAGGUUAAUACUUUGAUCAGACCUGAUGGAACGAAGAAAGCCUACGUUAGGUUAACUCCAGACUAUGAUGCUUUGGAUGUUGCUAACAAGAUUGGAAUAAUCUAAGGUAAAAUGUCGUGUCAGUUUAAAGGGAGAAUGUAUGCUCACCGUGACAGUUUUGUUAGUUUCAUGUUCUUGAAUACUAAUUCAAGUUUAAUGUGAGUAUUUUCAAUCUGGAUUCAACUUUUGUUAUAGUUGCUGUUUUAAUUAUUGUUUUUAUGGAGCUCUUGCUGAAGGAAA